AAUUCAAUUGAAUGGAUAUGAUGAAGUACACUGAAAUCAAGUGGCUUCAUUUUACCAUUCAAUUUUGUAUGCUUUUGAGUCUAUGAUGCAGUGAUAUGGGUAGAUACAAUAAAUGUUUCACUGGUUUCUCCACUUUCUCUGUGCACUAAGCAAGGAUGAGACCUACUCAGUGAAUGAGAGGUACUUGAUUUAUAAUAUAUUUCACUAUAAAUUUAUCCCAGAAAGAUGGCCUCACUUAAUAACACCCUAUUUCAUCCAUAUUCUUUCUUCCUUCUGGGGAUCCCUGGGCUGGAACACAUGCAUAUCUGGAUGGGUAUCCCUUUCUUUGCUGUGUACCUGAUAGCUGUUCUUGGGAAUAUCAGCAUCCUUUCUGUGAUUGAGACUGAGAGCACCCUCCACCAGCCCAUGUUCUACUUCCUGGCCAUUCUGUCAUCUAUCGACCUGGGCCUGUCCACAUCCACGAUCCCCAAGAUGCUUGGAAUCUUCUGGUUCAGCCUGAGAGAAAUCUCCUUUGAGGGAUGUCUCAUCCAGAUGUUCUUCAUCCAUCUAUUCACUGGCAUGGAGUCGGCUGUGCUCGUGGCCAUGGCCUAUGAUCGCUAUGUGGCCAUCUGUAACCCUCUUCGGUACACACUGGUGCUGACAAACAAGGUGGUAUUCAUCAUUGCAUUGAUAAUUCUACUGAGGCCUUUGUCUUUUGCCAUACCCUUUGUUCCACUCAUCCUACGGUUACCAUUUUGUGGGCACCAACUUAUCCCUCACACUUAUUGUGAGCACAUGGGCAUUGCCCGCCUGUCCUGUGCCAGCAUCAGGGUCAACAUCAUCUAUGGCUUAUAUGCCAUCUCUAACCUGGUGUUUGACAUCAUAGCCAUUGUCAUUUCUUAUGCCCAGAUCCUUCAUGCUGUCUUUCGACUGCCUUCCCAUGAUGCUCGGCUCAAAGCGCUCAGCACCUGUGGCUCUCACGUGUGUGUCAUGUUGGCUUUCUACACCCCUGCAUUUUUUUCAUUUAUGACCCACAGGUUUGGCCGGAAUAUACCACGUUAUAUUCACAUCCUUCUGGCUAAUUUCUAUGUAGUCAUUCCACCGGCUCUCAACCCUGUAAUCUAUGGUGUCAGAACUAAACAGAUUAGAGAACAGGUGCUGAAGGUAUUUUCCAAGAAAAAAACAUAACUCUUGUAAAUAAUCCAUUUAAGAAGGGAGCAGCACUAAUUCUCUAUGUUCAGAACAGAAAGAGAACAUUUGAAAGUUACACAGGCCUAUCUUAGGGGAGUCCUGUCACCCUCCUUCUCAAACCCAGAAAUGGAAAGUUAGGCCCAUGUCUAACACAUGAGUAAAAGUGUUUUAUCAUUUUCCAUUGUUUGGAAAUCAUUCAGAUUCCUCAUGUGGAAGAAAACGAACUCUUUGUUCUGUUUCCAUUAUGAUCGAACAUAUUGCAUUCCACACUUGGCAUCAUUUUAAAGCAAAACCAACCCUCCAAAAAGGAAAUACCACACAAAUAAUAAAAACACCAUAAAUUCCUUCAUAUCCUAAUUUAAACAAAAAUAGUUCAUCACUGUUACUAGUGCUGGUCCCCAAAAUAAUAGAUGCUCAAACACUUCCCAUAUGGCUGGACUCCC